UUCAAUUGUACAUUGAAUCAUUUGACAAUAGUGUAGUAUAUCACAUGCUGGCAAAGCACAUACUAUAGUAAAUAAAGAAACAGUACUGUUAUGAUUAUUAUCAUGAGUAUUGUGUGUACAAUCAGUUACAAUGGCUGCUACUGUAAAUAUACCAGGGCGUCCUGCUCCUCCAAAACCGAUUUCAAAACCUGGUAAAGUGAAAGUUGUAAGAGCACUGAUGAAGUAUACUGCACAACAUAAUGAUGAAUUGUCAUUUGAAGAAGGUGACUUGCUCUAUGUCUAUGAUAGUGGGCUAUUGACUAGCAGUAAUCAAUUACAAGCUAGGUGUGGCAACAAAAAAGGAUGGAUACCAGCAAAUUAUGUUGAAGAAAAAGUAGAAGAACUUGUUUUACCUUUGCAUGAGGCUGCAAGACGAGGGAAUAUAUCAUUUUUACAAGAAUGUUUAAGUGGUGGUGUGUCUGGUACUGGAUUAGAUUCAGCAGGUAAUACACCAUUAUAUUGGGCUGCUCGGGCUGGUCAUGAAGAUUGUGUCAAAUUACUACUAGAUUUACAAAAUCCUGCUAUAAAUGCUCAGAAUAAAAUGGGUGAUUCCCCUUUACAUGUGGCAGCAAGUCAUGGACAUUUAAAUGUAGUGAAUCUUUUAUUGGAAGCUGGCAGUGAUGUAAGCUUGCAAAACAAUGAUGGAUAUACUGCAGAAGAACUAGCAUGUGAUUCUACGAUAAAGAAUGCUAUUCAAAUGAGCCAACAAGAUCCAAGUAUAAAUACACACAAUUAUAAUGAAGAUGACUAUGGUGAUGAGAGUGAUUGAAAUCUGAUUUCUUACUUUAUUGAAGAUAAAUUUAUAUUUCUUAAUAAUUAUAUAUACUGUAGAGUAUUUAUUUAUAAUUAAGGUGGUGUAAAUAGAUUUUAUGAUUUGCUACAUUGCAGCUAAGAUUCAUUUAUAG